CAAAGGGAGGUAAUACUGAAAACAAACAUCAAACAGACAAAUCCACCCCCUGACAUGGCAGGAAUGAUAAUCCGAGAACACCUACAGACAUUACAGGAUGCCUGCGUCAAUGAGCUGAAAUCUAUUGGGGACCUUGACCCUAUGCUGCUGACCAAGAGUAGACGACGUUGUGAGGUGUGUUUGGCUGGCUACCCAGACCCGACUGUGUAUACUUCACAGAUUUUUACCAAACUAAUCCAGGAAUAUGCACAGGCAAUGCUGGAUUACACUUACCACGAAGAAUGUCAGCUUGUCAAUGGAGAGUUCCCCGAGAGUAAUGCAAGGGAGAGAAUUCAUAAAAUCUUCUGUAGUUUUGAUCAAAUAACAGAACUCUCCAAAAAGUGUAUACCAGAGAAAGAGGUUGCAGAUGUUCUUGGUUCCGAGAUUAAUGAGUGCCUUGUUUGGAGGAGGGGAGCACUGCUUUACAUGUAUUGUAAAACAGUUAAAGACGAUCCAAAAAGGGCCGACAAAAUAGACACCAGUUUUAUACAGUUGUUACAUGAAGGAAUUAUUCAGUUAAAGAGCAUACUUCCUUCACCACCGCCAGGUAAGGACAAGGAAGAAUCACCAGACAAAGAUGACACACUACAGCUUAUCGACAUGGGCAUCCUGAAUGACACAAUACUAUUGGGGAUGAUGUAUGGUGGUGAGCUGUGUUACUGGUACUACCAGGAGCAAGUAAAUAAAACAAAGGACACAGAGUGUGAUAAAGACUUUGAUGCCAAAAAGAUUGGCAAGGACUUCCUGCUGCCUUAUAUAGAGGCAGUAGAUGGUGUACUCUCCGUUCAUGGAUGGAGUUCUCAAACAGCAAAACAAAUAAUUAAAUACUUUUCUGAACACUGAUAUAAACUUUUUUUUUAUAUUUUAAUUUUAGGGC